UUUUGGAAAGUAAGAAUGAGAAAUUUCAUACAAUCUGUAGAUAUUGAUGCAUGGAGAAUUAUUAAAAAUGGUCCACAUGUUCCUCAAAAGAAUGGUACUGGAACUACAAAAGUUCCAAAACAUGAAGAUGAAUAUGAUGACAAUGAUUGGAAGAAAAUCUCUAUAAAUGCUAAAGCUAUUAAUAUUUUGCAUUGCUCACUUGACCUUAAUGAAUACAAUCGUGUUUCAGGAUGUCAAUCUGCUAAGCAAAUUUGGGAUAAGCUUGAAGUGACUUAUGAAGGAACUGAUGUUGUUAAAGAGUCCAGAGCAAACCUUCUGAUUCGAGAUUAUGAGUUGUUUGAUAUGAGGCCAGGAGAAUCAAUUGCAGAUAUGAGUACAAGGUUUACCGAUCUUGUAAAUCUUCUCAAAGCACUUGGUAAAAAAUUUGAGGAAGCUGAACUUGUGAAGAAAAUUCUUAGAUCACUUCCAAAGUCUUGGGAAGCAAAAACAACAGUUAUCCAAGAUACCAAAGAUUUCAAAACGUUCACCUAUGAUGAACUCAUUGGUUCUCUCAUUGCACAUGAGAUGGUAUACAAGAAGGAUGAAGUUGAAUAUGAGCAAAAGAAGAAGAAAAGCAUUGCUCUCAAAUCAAACAAAGAUGAAGAUAAGAAGAAAGGAGUUGCAUUCAAAGCUGACUCAAGUGACAACUCAAGUGUUUCAAGUGAUGAUGAAGAUGAAAUGGCUGUGCUUGCAAGAAAAUUUAAAAGAGCUUUCAAGAAAGGAGGAAGCAAAUACAAGAAAUUCUUGAAAAAGCAUACUCCCAAGGACAAGUACUUUAAAGAUUCAAAAGAAGAAAUUGUAUGUUAUGAGUGUCACAAACUGACAUAUCAAGCCCAAAUGUCCAUUGCUCAAAAAGAAGAAAGGAAAAGAAGAUAGGAGCAAGAAAGCUAUGAAAGUAGUAUGGAGCAACAGUGAAGAGUCUUCAAAUGAUGAAUCAAGUGACAAAGAGGCUGCUCUUCUUUGUUUGAUGGCAUGUGAGGAGAAAGUUGAGAGCUCACAAAAAGAUGAAGAAAGCGACAAUGAGGUUUGUUGCAAAGGAAUGAAGGAAAGUGAUAAAUGGUAUAUAGAUAGUGGUUGUUCAAAGCACAUGACUGGUGAAAAAGACAAGUUUUCAAAAAUUGCAAUGAAAGAUGGAGGAUAUGUAAAAUUUGGAG